GCGAAAACAAUAUAUUCAAAGUGAUUGUUUUGCCGAACAGUAUGGUGUCAAACCAAUAUUAAUACCAUUAAUUUGCCACCAUUACAAAUGUCUAAAAAUUUAGAACGUAAAUAAAAAUAAAAGUUAUAAACUAUGGUAUAACUCACAAGGCGAAUGAUUAUGGACUCCCUUUAACCAUUUUGUUCUGUCCGAGGACACUCUCAGCACUUUGAAUGCAGCUGUGAAAUUGAACGAGUUGAUCAAACAGCCUAAAUGGAGCAGAGUACAAAAUGUUAGCGAUCGUAUCAUAUACGAUGGCAAACUCAUACAAACGGAACAUGCUUUUAUGUACUUAGACCGAGAAAUUAUUCCGAUAGAUAUCUCAAAAGAAUGUACAGAUCAUUUAGUAGUACGACCUAUUUCAAUCAUGCUGAGCUGUGAGUAUGCAAAACAAAUACGAGAAUACGUUACAUUAGUCCAAUGCAUUAUUGCCGAGUGUAAGGAUCCGAAGUAUAAUAACGGUGAGUCCAGUUGUGAAACUUUAUUAAUAGAAGCUAUAAAAUGCACCAAAUCCAUGGUAACGAACAUGUUGAGUAGUUUAACCCAUUUUUAUCACAUGUCGCAGAAAGCGACAGACUUUAGACAAGUUUACGUCGCUUUGAUGACACUUAAACUGUAUACAGAAAAUAAUUUGCACAUCAAAGUUGAAAACAAAAUUGAAGAAAUCGAACGAUUGACAUUGUUGGUUGACCUCCGAGUACAAACAUUUGCUGUCAGCCAUUGUGUGCCAGCACAUCAACCGUUAUGGUUAAGUGAAAUCAACAAACGGUGUCUACGAGUGAGGUCUUUAUGUAUAAAUAGUGAACUACCGAAACCGUAUAUUGAAUGUCUUAGCGACUCAACGACAAGUUUUGUGAGUACAUUUAAUUCUGAAUAUUUUGCCGAUCUUGGGUUUAAAGGUUCAGACCUCGACAUUGUUCACACGACAGCCGACUUAGAUGCUGUGUGGCUAUUCCUCAAUUCACAGCAGCCGGAAGGUUAUUCAACACGGAUCCGUUGGUCGAACGAUGUUAAAGAGAUAACAGAGAUAGUUGACAUAGUUAAAUAUCAGUACGACACUAAUCAACUCGCGGCUUUUCAAAAAGCAACACUGAAAGCGGUCGCUCAGUUAUUUUACAAAGAAGUAUCAGAUACUAUCGAGGCGACGUUUAAAGUGCAUGGAAAUUUGGCAGACGAAGGACUGUGUCCGUCGACCUACUUACCCACGUUGACUAAUUUAUGGCCCGGAUUGAAAAAAUUUCAACUGGCAGCUAUUAAAGAAGCUUGCAUUUCUCUUAGAGGAGUGAAGACUGACGAAGAAUGCAAGAAAAGCUAUCUGAGUUCGUUGGAAAGAGUAUGGUUGAAUUUUAGCAGUAUAAACGUUGAGGCUAUCACUGUGGCAUGUAAUGCUAUUAUCCUACGUAAUAGUCAGACUGAAGCAAAGAACACCACGCUUGGGUCGGUGUAUUUAAAUAUCCGUAAUUAUAUCAAGUCUAAUAAAAAUCCAAAAUUUUGGGAAGAUUUGAAAGUUAUAUUUGAAAAAGUCCGUUUCGCUUUGCCAAAGGAGACAACUGAGACGUUGGAAACGAUUUUGGGAUACAUAAAAAACAAGCGAAACGUGAACGAACAGCAGGUUAUUAAAUUACUGGAAUUAGAAAUGAAAAAUGCCAUUGCAGACUUUGCUGAAGACAACCAAGUCAAUGUGGACCCAAAAAACUGCUUACAGACCCUUAAUGAAUUCAAAGGAUACAUAAUAAAUAAUAAGGAACCUAUCCUAAGAGUCAGUCUUAACAAUGGCUUAAUGUGGAGCCCCUCCAUUUGUGAGCUGCCCAAACUGUUAAUAAACCUCACAAAUUCCGAUGUGUCCGACAAUCGGUCAAAUGAGAAAUUCUGCCGGCUGUCUUUCAAAGUCAUUAAAUUGUUUAAGAUGUAUAACGAAUUUGUUUCAGCGAAUUUUCCGGCGAGGUUCUCUCAAAUGAUCGUUGGGAGCAUAAAACAUUUUGCGGAAAAUCUUCAACCUCUAUUGCCAAAGCUAGUGAAAGUGGUGUUUCGCCAUAUGUUAAUAUUACUGAAACCGGAAACCGUCAACCUCAGGAACGCAUUGAUUUUGCUAAAAGUUUACGUAAACGAUAAAGGAAUGAGCGCUGAAGGCAAGUAUGAUCUAUGGCGAUCAGACGAGUUUCAACGGUUGAUUUUGUUGAUCAUAAACCAAAUGGAGAUUUACAUAGUACAAAACUGCGUCAUCAAUGAAUAUCAAAAAACAAUUUGGCCCGACGAGCCAAAAGUUAGGCUACAAACCUUCAAGACCUUAUGGUUCCAUCCAUUUGAGUCGUUUAUAACCGAGAUAGACAAUGAACUCCCCAUUCUAGAAAAUAUUACGGCGAUCGACGAGUGCGAGGUCAGUAUGAAUAAUGCUACUUUUGAAAAACUCGUAAACAACAAUCAUCACGAAAAUAGUCCGUUGAAUUGUAUUAAAAAAUUCAGGUUCAAGUGGAACGAAUCAUUUGAAACACUUGAAACCAUCCGAACGAUGGUUGUAACAAAUUUUAAAUUGGAAUCGUUGACCAAGUAUCAGGGUUUGGUCCAGAAUAGCUUGAUGGCCAUCCUUUUUGGUUACAUACUUAAUAUUUUCCAAGCUGCCAAUCGGCCAUCAGGGAUUUUCACUACAGAAUAUAAGCAAUUGAUCUUAUCGAAAAUUAAAUACGUCGGUGAAAUUGUGUACCCCGGUUCCAAACCUGAAUCUCUAAAAUUCAUUAUUAAUACUUUCUUCUGGUCUUUUGAAGGCGACAACAUUUCCCAAGAUAAGUCAAAGAUUUUGAAAACAAAAAUUGACAGAGAAUUGGCUUCUUACGAUAUCGAUGAAAAAGGAUACUAUUCUACUUUGAAACAAUACAACAUAAUCAGAGAUAAAGGCAUAGAGGGUAUAGCCAAGUAUAUUACACCAUUGGAAGAAUUUGCGGACGAAUGGAUUAUGUUUGUUAAAAAGGACAUGAACUGCGUUAAAAAUUGCAUGAUGGUAACAUUAUAAAACCAUUUCUUUAUAUAUACAUAUUUGUUAAUGUUAUAUAAAUAUUAUAACAAUUAUGCUAACAAUUAUAUUAAUUUAUAAGGAUUAAAAUGAGUAAAAUAUUGUAAAACUUGACAUAUUUGUAAUGACCAGUUUAAAAAUAACCAACAAAAUAGUGAAAAUACUCGUAACUUAUCAAUUUAUUUGUUAUAUUUCCAAGUUUUUGUUGUGCCGCUGUAAUUUUUCAGACCUUUACAUUGUAUUUCAAAAUAAUUAAAUUUUUGGCUGUAAAACAAUUAUAAUACAACAAUUCUUUAACUAUAACACACGUAGUUUUAAUAUUUAUUUGUAAUUGGUCAAUUUUGUCGAUCGUUUGUAGACACAAUAAGUAAAUAGAUCUAGACUGAGAAAUGCUAGCCAAGAAAAACUUAAAAGUAAAAAAAAUGGUUAUAAUAUUUAGGAAUUUAUUUAACGUAGAAUCUUAUUUUACUUUUUUUAAAAACUGUGUAUAUCUAUCAUUAUUUGAAAUUGAAAUGGUAACUUAUAUGUUUUGUUAAGGUUUAAAUUAAAAUAAUUUACUAAACACUUUAAAUGAUCGAUAACUGGGUUUGAAUAGGUAAUUAUUUUUAGCUUCGAUGCGAUAGGUGUUUUAAGUAAAAUGUUUAAAAUUUAGGACGGGAGGAAGGUUUGUAGGAAAGGGUUUGAGAAAGGAGUGUAGUAUUAUUAUUAUUCUCGCGCAUUACUCAACCACAUUUCACGUCCAGUCCUAAAUUUUGAUCGUCAUAACUUCAAAAUUAACUAUUCAAAACUGGUUAUCGACUAGUCAACAUUUAACAUAUAAUUUUUUUAAUUGAAAAGUUAAUUAAAAAUAUACGUUACCGUUUAAAUUUCAAAAGUUGAUUGAGCUAUGGAAAAUACUACUAGAGCGUAAAUACAACUAAAAUAAACAAACAUUUUUCCAAAAAAGAAAAUGUACACAAUUUUUUUAAAAAGAUAUUGUUGUACGCCAGACGGAUCACCUUGUAUUAAGUCCUGAAUAGAGUAGAUAACGAUUUGUCAACAAAUAAAGACAAUAGAACGAGAUGGUAGCCAAAUGGUGUACCACGGAACUAGAAAAAGACGAAUUAUAAAUAAUUGGCAUCAAAUUGUUUGACAGUGGUUUAUUAAUUUUCAAAUUAAAUAUCUGAUUCGACUUCACUGUCUUGAAUAUUAUUAUUUAUUAGUUUAUACUGAUAAGUACUAAUAACAUCAUCGAUCUGUCCACCAUUACGUUCUCAAUUAAGGCCCCUGGAUACCGACCGUUUUUUCAGCCAAAACACAUCAUUUUUUGUCCAUUGCACAGGCCGAACCAAUGAUCCGAUUAGCAAUCUAAAAACAGAUAUGAAUUUGUCAUGAAGUUUACUUGAGAUCGGUCAGAGUAUUUUUUUAAUUUUUAAUUUCAACCCUUUCCAAAUUUUAUUUUAAAAUUUGAAAUUUUAUAAAAUGUUCAAACGUGUUUUAUGCGUAGCAGAAAUGAGAUAUCAAAAAAGUACGCUGAUCGGUCUCAAGUAAACUACAUGACGAAUUAAAAUUUGUUUUUAGAUUACUUAUCGGGCCACUGGUUCAGCCUGUGCGAUGAACAAAAAAUGUACUAUUAUAGUGACUAAAAUGGCUUUUACUCAUAGACAAAAUAAUUUAAAUUAAAAAUAAUACCAUAAAGUUUAUACAAAUUAACCGGUUAAUUAAUUGACAUUUUCGAAAUUUAUUAAAACCACUUUUCUUUUAAAUAUUGCCUAUAUAAAACUCCUUAAAAAUGAUCGGUAUCCAGGGGCCUUAAGCAUAUUUUUAUUAGUCUUAAAAAUGUCUGAUCCUUUUUUUGGUCCUGAUGGCUUCCCUAAUAUUUUACUAAGUCUUGUUUAUAUGCAUCCACUAUUCUCAAUAAUUAAUUGUUUAGCCGUUCAUUGCUUUUAG